AUGGUUUCGAAAAAGCUGCAAAGGCUGGUUGGGUUCACAGUAGUGUGCCUACUGGGCUUCUAUACGUCGUUAUUUUGGUACGAAUGGCACGCCAGCGACUCGGAGGUCGACCUGGUAGACUACGCACGAUCUGCCGUGAGUGGUCUCCUUAUUGCAAAUCAAAUUAAAGAACUCUACUUCAAAGGCGGUUUCAAAGAACCGCUCGGCGCAAAAGACAUUAGAAACAUGCUGCAGGAGGAAAACAGAAGAUACUCGGAGGACAGAGAGAUCGUGCUCAAGCAGACUGCCGAUCGCACACGGUACCGGCCGAUCCCUGUGGACUCGUCGGUCCAGAAGGUGUUUGCGCAAUUCUCCAAGGUUCUCAACAAAAAUAAGAUGUUAUUCCCUCACCCAGAACGUGGAAUCACUCUCAACGGGAAACCGGUGAUUUGGGAGACGCAAUUCGAAGAGAUCCCGUUCAACGUUCUUUCCGAAAAUAAAUUGCUGGAUCUCAUGUCGUUUGACGACGAGUUCCUCAACGACCUCACACGCAAGCACAAAAAUGUGCUUGCCAGUCUUCCCAAGAAACCGGUCAACUUCUUCAAAGGCAAGGGCUAUGUGAUGUCCGGUGGAGGCUGGUACACGUGGUUUUCGUACUUGUCGAUCAUGGCUUUGCGAAAGACCGGGUCGGUGUUGCCUGUUGAGGUGAUCCUACCUGAGGACGGUCACUAUGAGCGCUUACUUUGUGACGAGAUAUUCCCCAAUGAGCUGAAUGCCAAAUGUAUCAAGCUGUCUGACGUGCUGGGCCAGGAGACACUUAACUCCUUGGGAGAACUCAAAGGAUACCAAUUUAAGUCGUUCUCGAUGCUUGCCGGCUCGUUCGAGCACAUGAUGUAUCUGGACUCGGACAACUUUGCUGUUUCCAAUCCCGACCCAUUGUUUGACUCUGACCUUUACCAGAAGUUCGAGAUGAUUACAUGGCCCGACUUUUGGCGCAGAACAAGCUCGCCAUUGCUAUACAAAACUCUCGGGAUCAAAGUGAGCAACUACCCAAUCCGCCAUCUGAACGACUUCUUCACGCCUGUGGAGAAGUAUGUCUCCGACAAACAGAUGAUCGAGGUCGAAGACGAGCUCAACUUCCACGACAGGAAAGGUGCGCUCCCAGAGUGGACCUCUGAGAGCGGCCAGUUGCUGAUUAACAAAAAGACGCACUUCAAUACCCUCUUGCUUUCGCUUUACUACAACUUCAACGGUCCGGCCGGGUACCAUCCUCUUCUCUCGCAAGGAGGAGCGGGCGAGGGUGACAAGGAGACCGUGGUGUUGGCAGCACACGUGCUCAAGAAGCCCAACUACCAGGUGUACAAAAAGCCUGACAAGUUGUACGGAACGUUCAUCAAGAGCGCCAACUUUUUUGUCGACUCGACAAUCGUCCAGUACGAUCCUGUCAUUGACUACGCUAUCCUGAAGAAUGCUCUUCAGAAGAACAUCAAGAGCAUGGAAGAUCUGAAAGACUCGUAUGUGUACAGCUACAUGCACACGUUUGGCAGUAUUCCAUUUGAUGAGAACCCUGGACGGCCGUUGUUCUACCACAUUCACAACCCUAAGAUGAAUCCGUUCGAGUACGUUGACCGAGGCCUGUUCACCGACCCUAACGAGAAAGUCAUCCGCAAUUUCGGUAGAAACUACGCCCAAAUCGGGUUCGACAUCGAGUACUGGAUCUGGGAGACCGUCACCAACACCUUGUGCGAGCGCAAGGUGGAAUUCUUCUGUUUCCGCGACAUGGACAUGGCCAAAAUCUGUGACAACCAAAUGAUCAGAGAUAGAUUGGAGUAUUUGAAAACCACUGGAGAAGACGGUUUAAAGGAUUAUAAGCCAUUUUCGUUCGAUCCUGGUGAAACUGAUCCCGAACUAGAUUCGUUCAUCUUGCAGAAGAUCAAGGAAGGCUUGGAUUACGACCUCGAUGGCCAUGUGGCGCACUUCCAGAUCGCCAACGGUGCGGAAGAUGUUGGCAACGACGGCUUUCAGUUUGUAUUUCGUGGCUGCCUCCGCGACAAGUUGGUGGUCUGGGAGAUUGGCGAGGUUUUGAAGAAUGUAGAAUCCACGGAGCAGCUUAUCAGAAUCAUCCGUAUUGGCUAUCAGUUCAAACAGAUGGUCAAUAAACAAGUUGGAUGUGGAAAGCAUGGUUGCAAUCAAAUCGAAGUCGCUGGAAUUGGCCAAGAUAUUUAG